UGUGGGGGCGCGCGUUCACGGGCCCUGGUGCAGCUGGGCAUUAGUGGAGAUGGCGGCGGCGGCGACUCCUGGGGGCGGCGAAGUGGCUUUAAAGCCCCGCACGUCCCCCAAGUCAGUCAAGUUCCUGUUCGGGGGCCUGGCUGGGAUGGGGGCCACUGUUUUUGUGCAGCCUCUAGACCUGGUGAAGAACCGAAUGCAGCUGAGUGGGGAAGGGGCCAAAACCCGGGAAUACAAGACCAGCUUCCACGCCCUUGCCAGCAUCCUGAGGGCUGAAGGGCUUCGAGGCAUCUACACAGGGCUGUCUGCUGGCCUCCUACGCCAGGCGACCUACACAACAACUCGCCUUGGCAUUUACACUGUUCUCUUUGAACGCUUGACUGGGGCAGAUGGGACACCCCCUGGCUUCUUGCUGAAGGCUGUGAUUGGCAUGACCGCAGGUGCCACAGGAGCCUUUGUGGGAACACCUGCUGAAGUUGCCCUGAUUCGUAUGACAGCUGAUGGUCGGGUGCCAUUAGAUCAGCGUAGAGGCUACAAGAAUGUUUUUGAUGCCCUCUUGAGGAUUGUCAGAGAAGAGGGGGUCCCUACCCUUUGGAGGGGUUGUAUCCCUACCAUGGCUAGAGCUGUUGUUGUCAAUGCGGCCCAACUUGCUUCUUAUUCACAGUCUAAGCAGUUUCUCUUGGAUUCAGGUCACUUCUCUGACAACAUCUUCUGUCACUUCUGUGCCAGUAUGAUCAGUGGACUGGUCACCACAGCAGCCUCUAUGCCUGUGGACAUUGUUAAAACCAGGAUCCAGAAUAUGCGAAUGAUUGAUGGGAAGCCCGAGUAUAAGAAUGGAUUGGAUGUGUUGGUGAAGGUCAUUCGAUAUGAAGGAUUCUUCAGCCUCUGGAAGGGAUUCACUCCUUACUAUGCCCGUCUUGGCCCCCAUACUGUCCUCACUUUUAUCUUCUUGGAGCAGAUGAACAAAGCCUACAAGAAGUUCUUUCUCAGUGGUUGAGGAGCCCCAUGGGUACCUGCGGAUCAGGAGGACGUGGCUCCCAGGAAUGGGGAUUUGAGGAGUCCCUACCCCCCCACACCCCCUGAGCUUUAGUCCUCCCCGCCCUUACCAUAUAUUCACCUCCCAAAGGGGGUGUCUGGAUUCUGCCCCCCUCAGCCUCUCAUUCUAUUUAUUUCCCCCAACUCCUUCAUUCUUCCUUCCCCCCCCCCCAUGUGGUUUCUCCUGAUAUAAAGGACUUUGAUCUGUCCCCUGCUCCA